CUCCUGGAGAAAGUGGCCGACACGUUCCCAGACGACAGGUGUUCAUAAUCAGAGCAGCAGGUGUUGAAAACGUCGACAACAGAGGAGAGCAUCCUGUCUGACUGAAAAUACACGUAUAACUACAUAUAUGUUGUUGGUUUUUUUACGUAAAAACAGUGCAGCAAUGAACCUAAUCGGCUUCAAGCUGAGCGUCGUCCUGCUUCUCCUGGGCUCCUCAUGGCACCGUGUUGAGGGAAUCUGCAGUGUGGAGCACUGCACUGACAGCGCCACAUGUCUCCUGGCUCCACACCACAGGAGCUGCAAGUGUACCAGGGGAUACUAUGGGGACCGGUGUGACAAAAAUGCUGACAUCAAGGUUGUGUGCGACAGGAACUACAUAGCGAUCACGGUGCUAGAAGAUUUCUUCAACUAUCACCGUGUGCCGCUGGAGUCCCUGCACUUGCCCAACAAAUCAUGCCGUGCUCAGAGAGCGGUCUUCAGCGGUGUGCCGUACUAUGUUUCCAGAACGUCUAAAGACCAAUAUCUAACCUGUGGAGGCAAGCCACUGGAGAAAAACUUCACCCACAUCAGAUACUCCCUGAGUCUACUGUCGGACCCUCAGGUUACUGGAAACAUCAUCAGAAAUCCGGUCAUUCGGCUGGACUACACAUGCGUCUUUCCAUACAUCAGGAGAGUCAGCUUGCCUUUCCCAAUCGUCCCCUUUUCCACCGAGACGGUGAUGCGAGUGGAUGACCUUGAUGCAGAGAUACAGAUGAUGUUGUACACAGAUUCAACCUACACCGAAGCCUACAGCACUGCCCCCACCAUUGAACUCCGAAACAUGGUGUAUGUGGAGGUGAGGGUCACUGAGCCUGCAGAUUUCUUCCUGCUCCGCAUUAAUGAGUGUUGGGCCACACAGACCUCUGAACCGAACACUACAGAUGUAUCUUCUCACACUCUGCUGCAGAAUGGGUGUGUGAAGGACCAAACUGUUACCUUUCUUAAUGUGAGUGCAGGACAGUCUGGCCGUAACGGAGAGAGUUCCACCAUUCGCUACAGCUUUGAAAUGUUUCGCUUCACAGCAGAGCCUAAUCACCUCUAUCUGCACUGCACUGUGCAGCUGUGUGAGCCAGACGACCACAAGUCCUGCACGCCUAACUGUAAUUCAAUCAGUAAGAGAGAAGCAGUGAGAGCAUACCCCACCCAGGGCCUCCUUUCAUACGGACCCAUCAGGAUCGAAAUUCCUGACAGGCCUAACUCCAGCAUGCUGACGGCAGUGGUGUUGCCUGUAGCAGCCGUCUGGACCGUGUCCUUCUUCCUCCUCAUCCUCAUCACUGUGGCCAAGGCAGGCAACAGGAGGCUCACAAAAACUGAGGAACAUUGACAGUAAUAUUGCUGCUGUUGGCAGCUUUAAUAAAACUUUAAAAAGUGA